CUACUAAUCCAGAUCUAAAAAGAUGACACUAAAGGCACGGAUUGAAAAUGGGAUCGUCUAUUCCCCUUACCCCUCGGAAGCCGUGCCAGAACUGUCACUUUACCAGGCGGUGAAACAGCGCAUCGAGCAACAUGGCGACCGAACUGCUGUGGUCUGGGAGAACGAAGAGAUCUCGUGUGCAGAUUUGCUCAAGAUGUGCCAGCGAUACGCAGCUGGGUUCCAGGGGCACGGCAUCAAGAAAGGCGACACGGUUCUGGUGCAUCUUGACAAUUCCCUGGAGAACCUGAUAACCAUGUACAGCGUUAUAUUUGCCGGAGGAGUGGCCGUGUUAUCCUUCCCAGGGUUUUCAAAUGAUGAUCUCCUCUACCAAAUUCGAGAUAGCGAUGCCACCUACAUUGUCACCACAGCAAGUGAGGCUAACCGAUUGAACGACUUCCGCCAUGAGCUGAACAUGAAGGGUUACUUCACUGUAGGAACUGCGGAAGGAUUUAUAUCCGUGACCGAGUUUAAGAAGUUGAAUGAAGACAUGUACGAGGAAUUUCCGGUGGAGGAUGUAAAAAACGAAGUGGUUCUGGUGAUUUACACAUCAGGAACAACGGGCCGCCCGAAGGCCGUUGAACAUACACACUACAGCAUUGUGGCCAGAUUACCUCCCAGCCUCUUCACUGAUGACGACAUUAUCGCUUCCCGGAUGUCCAUUACAACGUUGCUUGGCUUUCGAAUUUACCUGAGUGCAUCCUGUAUCGGAACGAAGGCCGUUAUGUUUCCCACACCCGCCGCGUUAGAAGAAAUACUUGACGGCAUCGGAAAAUACAAGGUGACAACAUUAAUAGAAAGAUUCACCACUUUAAUUCACCUUGCCAAGAAAGUCGAGGAACAAGGGGUUCGGCUGAAUUUUCUCAAGAAUGUGAUUUUUACUGGUGUGAAAGCCACACUCCAAAGAGUCGGACAACUUGAACCUGCUUUCGAUCUAUCUAUUAUCAAAAACGGUUAUGCAAGUAAUGAGAUCGGCUGGAUCUGUCAACCUCCAAUGGGCUCCUCCAAGUGGUACGGCAUUGGAUUCCCAGCUCCAAUGGCUCAAAUCAAGCAUGGCCGAGAUUCUCACUUGGAGAGGGAGAGGAGAAAGCACUACAUAACAGGGGAAGACGGAGUGCACAACAUAACAACGGAAAUGCCCACAAAAAGUGACGGCAAGCCGUGCUGCAACCCUAUUCAAUUUUAA